UUAAAUAAGUUGAGGGAGUAGCUGCAGUAGCUAGCUCAUUUCGGAUCUAAAAAGGAUCGCUCAACGAGGAAAGUUCUAUUAGACCCACUAUACGAGAAAAUCUAGACCUCCAAGACUGUCAGAAUAAUGUGUGGAAUUUUCGGGUAUCUGAACUACCGCGUGCCAAGGACAAGGCGGGAGAUAUUUGAGACACUGGUGAAGGGCCUUCAGCGGCUUGAGUACAGGGGAUACGAUUCUGCAGGCGUUGCAGUAGACACCCCGGUUAAAGACUCAAAGGAUGACGGCAACAUCUGCCUGAUCAAGAAGAAGGGAAAAGUAAAGGCCCUGGAUGAGGAGAUCCACAAGAAAGACUCCUUGAGUCUGGACACUGAGCUGGACACUCACUUUGGCAUCGCCCACACCCGCUGGGCCACACACGGGGAGCCCAGCGCCGUCAACUCCCACCCGCACCGCUCCGACAAGAACAACGAAUUUGUUGUGAUCCACAAUGGGAUUAUUACCAAUUACAAAGAACUUCGGAAGUAUCUGAAUUCCAAAGGGUACGAGUUUGAGUCAGAGACAGACACCGAAGUUAUCCCGAAGCUGAUCAAGUACGUCUACGACAACCGGGAGAACGAUUACGUCUCUUUCUCCACCCUGGUGGAGAGAGUCAUUCAGCAGCUGGAAGGAGCUUUCGCUCUCGUUUUCAAAAGCAUCCACUACCAGGGUGAAGCCGUGGCCACCAGAAGAGGGAGUCCUCUGCUGAUUGGUGUAAGAAGCAAGUAUGAGCUGUCCACAGAACAAAUCCCCAUCCAGUACAAUAAUGGUCACCACAACGAUGGCGUCCAGGAGAAAAACUUCCGGAACAGGGUGGACAGCACCGGGGCCCUGCACUCUGUCAGCGCGGGCAAAGCGGUGGAGUACUACUUCGCCUCAGACGCCAGCGCCAUCAUCGAGCACACCAACAAGGUGAUCUACCUGGAGGACGACGACAUCGCGGCCGUGGCCGAGGGCAAGCUGUCGGUCCACCGGGCGAGCCGCAGUGCCGGAGAGGACCCCGUCCGCGCCAUACAGACCCUGCAGAUGGAGCUGCAGGAGAUCAUGAAAGGGAACUUCAAGGCUUUCAUGCAGAAGGAGAUCUUCGAGCAGCCAGAAUCCGUCUACAACACCAUGAGAGGCCGGAUCUGCUUCGACACCAACACAGUGGUUCUGGGUGGGCUGAAGGACCAUCUGAAGGAGAUCAAACGCUGCCGGCGCCUCAUCGUGAUUGGCUGUGGGACGAGCUUUCACGCGGCUGUGGCGACCAGGCAAAUCCUGGAGGAGCUGACAGAGCUGCCGGUUAUGGUGGAGCUGGCCAGCGACUUCCUGGAUCGCAUCACCCCAGUCUUCAGGGAUGACGUCUGUUUCUUCAUCAGCCAAUCAGGCGAAACUGCGGACACCCUGAUGGCACUGCGGUACUGUAAGGACCGAGGGGCGCUGACCGUGGGUGUGACCAACACCGUGGGCAGCUCCAUCUCCCGGGAGACAGACUGCGGGGUCCACAUCAACGCUGGGCCCGAGAUUGGCGUGGCCAGCACCAAGGCAUACACCAGUCAGUUUGUGGCCCUCAUCAUGUUUGGGCUGAUGAUGAGUGAGGACAGGAUCUCCCUGCAGAAGAGGAGACUGGAGAUUAUCAACGGCCUCCGGACCCUACCAGACAUGAUCAAGAAGGUGCUGUCGCUGGAUAAUACUAUCAAGAGCAUUGCAGACGAGCUCUACCAGCAGAGGUCUCUACUGGUCAUGGGCCGCGGCUACAAUUACGCCACCUGCCUAGAGGGGGCGCUGAAAAUAAAGGAGAUCACGUACUUGCACUCGGAGGGGAUCUUGGCGGGGGAGCUGAAGCACGGUCCCCUGGCUCUGAUCGAUAAGCACAUGCCCGUCAUCAUGGUCCUCAUGCGGGACGCCUGCUACACCAAGUGCCAGAACGCCCUGCAGCAGGUCACCGCCAGACAGGGCCGGCCCAUAAUCGUGUGUUGCGAGGACGACGCGGAGGCCCUGAAGAACGCCUAUAAGACCAUAGAGCUGCCGCAGACAGUGGACUGCCUGCAGGGCAUCCUGAGCGUGAUCCCUCUUCAGCUCCUGUCCUUCCACCUGGCCGUGCUGCGGGGAUACGACGUGGACUGCCCCAGAAACCUUGCUAAAUCCGUGACUGUGGAGUAACUUCCGGAAGGAACACUGCAAGCUGUUGAAGCUGGUGAAAGGGAGAUACCAAGAGGCCUUUAUAUUUUAGUGCAAUCAUGUGUGUUGUGUGUGUGUGUGUAUGAGAGAGGGAGAGAGAGAGAGAGAGAGAGGUGUGAGGGAGAGAAAGGGAGAGGGGGAGAGAGAGAGUGAGAGAGAAAGAGAGAGAGUGAGGCCUAUGCGUGUAGUACAAGACUCAGAAGACCAAUUUCCACACUCCUGGUGUGUCCAGGAGUGCUUUACAUAGUAUUGUUGGAGACUCAUUCAUCUCAGUUAAGGUGAAGAAAACUCUGAACUAUGCAGUAGAAAUCUCCACAAUGUGCCACAGACGAGAGUCUGCUUCCAGCCCCAUGCCGAGCCUGACACUGCGCACAUCGCUCAUGUUUACCCAGUGUUAUUGAAGUGAUUACUACUGUGCAAUAUUUACUACAAGCGGUACCAGAAAGCUGUCGUUUUUGUCGAGGCAGAGGGAGUUUAAAUUUCUGUUGAGUGCUUCAGAAAGGCAGAUUGUGACAGCUCCAAGGUGCACCUGGCUCUUUAAAAGCCAGAGGAAGACUCGAGCCUACAUAAACACUGAAUGGGAAUGCGGCAUUUGGGAACAUUUAAGGGGAAUGUUUGGGAACUCUGAAGGGGAAUAUUAGGGAAUAUGAAGGGGGAUGUUUGGGAAACUUGGAAGGAUUGCGUUUCCUUCCAUUUUUAUUAAGCAGAAGUUUGUAACUCUACUGUUAUAUGUAUGAGUCCACCAUUUUGUGCCUGAAGGCAUGACCUUUGACCUUGUGAAACAGGUUACUGCCAACACCCUGUGCUUUGGUCUGACUACGCAUCCAGGGACAGGGAAAGGAAGGCGCAAGCCUCCCUGCACAGUGUCAGUAUAUGUACCGCACAUCCCAAAAAUUUGUAUCAUUUGACUGAGUUUAAUAUCAACUGCUCCUCCUUUGAAUAAUGUUUUUCCCUCUUAUUCAGAUGAGGACAGUCAAACAUACAUUUAAGUGUCUUACGGUUCAACCAUAUUCUAUUGUAAUGUUUCAGAUUAUUUAUGACUUUUAUUUUUCAGGAAAAGAGGUGUAACUUAUUUUUCCAUCCUUGCUUGAAUCAAAAGUGUUUUUUUUUUGUUUUUUUUUGUUUUUUUGCAUGUAGCAAUAUUUAUUGUCGUAUUCUUUGUCAAUAUUCCAUUCCAGCUUCUAAAAACUUUGGAUAGCCAGUUACGGUUCUCUUCCGGAUUAAAAUCAAAUGCCUUUAAAACAAUAAUUCAUAUGUUUUAUUCAGACGGGGAUCCUUGUAGAUUGGUGAAUGUAAAAAUGUGAUAAAUGAAAAUUGAUUGUGAUAUA